GUGAAAGUAAUAAAACUCAUUAGUGCUUCAUCAUGGCUGACAACGUGCAGAAAGAAGAGAUCAGUAAAUUUAUACAACUAACAGGAGCCGACAGCGGUAGAGCUAAGUUCUAUUUAGAGUCAUCAAACUGGAACUAUGAGGUUGCUGUAGCCAGUUUUUUUGACAAUGAUGAUGGGGAUGAAGAUCUCUAUGAAGCACCUGUAGCAGAACCUGCACCGCUGCCUCCAAAGCCUACACAACCCACAAAUUCAUCAGCAGCGUCAUUUCCACCCGCAAGCACACGACCUUCGAGGUUUGCCACACUAGGAAGUUACCAGGACCGGGAGAAUUCCUCGUCAUCAGAUGAUGAAGGGCAGGCCUUCUAUGCCGGGGGAUCUGAAACCAGUGGUCAACAGAUCAUUGGUCCAAAGAAACGUGAAGGGAAAAAAGUGGUGGACAAUCUGUUUAAAUCAGCCAGAGAACAUGGAGCAGAAGAGGUGGACAGAUCAGAGAAGAAGCCACUGAAAAGUAUGGCAUUCAAAGGUUCCGGUUACAGACUUGGUGAGACAGAGGAUGGACCAGCCGACAUUGUACAGGGAGCACCUCUACAAUCAGGUCCCAGACAGGUUGACAUGGUGCUUAAAUUAUGGAAGGAUGGCUUCAGUGUGGACAAUGGAGAAUUGAGAGACUUCCAGAGUCCUGCUAAUAAAGAAUUCCUGGACUCUGUGGCCAAAGGAGAAGUUCCACAGGAGUUGAUCAAGCUUGCCAGGGGAGGGGAAGUCAACCUUAACAUGGAGGAUCAUCGACAGGAAGCCUUUGUGAAAUCUAAGGAGGCUACAAAAGCUUUCUCUGGACAGGGAAACCUACUUGGCAGCCCUGCACCAAAUAUAGCCCCAGCUGCAGCCGGAUCAGCGGCGGCAGCGGCAGCCUCACAAAGCAGUGUAGCUGUGGAUGGGUCUCGUCCUACCACAAGUCUCCAGAUCAGACUAGCAGAUGGGUCAAGAAUGGUCGCCAAAUUCAACCAUACACACAGGAUCAGUGAUAUAAGACAGCAUAUCAUAGCAAAUAACCCACGGUAUGCAGGUGCAAAUUUCAUUCUCAUGACAACGUUUCCAAAUAAGGAAUUAAGUGAUGAGAGUCUGACACUGGACCAGGGGAAACUGUUAAAUGCUGUGAUAGUACAAAGACUCAAGUGAUGAAGAAUCUGUGUCUGUAUACCAGUGUAGUGAGUUCAUGUCAUUCUAGAAUAUACAACCAAUGCCAGGGACAGAUUUACAUGAUAUUUCAUUCUCUCUGGUAUCGUAGAAUUAGAUAUCAAUUUAAGAAAUAUUCUAUUCCAAAAUAACAGUUUUGCUAAAUUUUCAUUCAUAUUUUUAUAAAAAUGCUUGAUAUGGUGAAGCUGUCAGUAUAUUAACAACUCAUCUAAACACAAGAAGGCACUUUCAAAGUAGUUGCGAAAUUAGAACUUUGUCUUACUGCAUCUUCGAAAGUCCAUGAGUUAUGCUCACUUACAUUCUUUGCACCCCUGGAACAUGUCAUAACGAAAUUGAAGGCUCUGUACACACCUCCUGAUGAUUGAUACUACCUGGUAGUUUGAUCCUUUGAUAUUUAUUAAAAGUACUGGGCAGCAGCAUAACAGUAAAAUUGACUGGCUUUGAAGUCUGGUGUUGCUCCUCUCUAAUCUUCAAAAUACAGGUAUCAGCCUAGCCAUUGGUAAGGUUAUUACAUGAAACUAUUCAAAUUGCUAACUGCCGACCUUCAAUUUGGUCAUAACACAUUCCAGGGGUGCAGGGAAUGCAAUUGAGUGUACCCCAAGAAUUUGAUGAUGGUCGGACUGUAAAAUUUUCAAUGCAUUGAUGUUUAAUAUAUGCAUAUUAAAUGAAAAAGGAUUAAGCAAGUUGAUAGAUUAUAUUAAUUUAUCUAAAUGUUAAGAAAUGACAUGGUAGUUGUGUGAAUGUAUGUAAAAGGUAUCAUGUAUUGUGAGAAGAGAAAUACUUCCCAUUGAUAAUAUCUAUUUAACUCCGUUGGUGUAAUCCAGUGUUUUCAACAUCACUGAUGGUUCAUUACAUGCAUAUAAACACAAGGAAUAUAUGACAAAUGUAGAAUAGCUGUGUAAGAAGUCAGACGUGUAAAUGAUGAUGUAUUUUAGAACAAAUCUCUGCAUUUAGGAAAGAAAUAUGUAUAUAUAUAUAGAUAUGAGAAAGAAAGGAAACUUUUGCAGCUCAGUGUCUAUUCAGACCCUUUUUCACAGCUUUAUGGACUCCCUUUUUGUAACUAUAUAUAUAACUUGAGAUGUGUACAUGUAUACCUAUGUCUUUGUUGGACGUUGUUGGCAUGCAGAAUUGUUUCAAGAAAAUAUCUUUUAAAGGAAUUAACAAAACCUGCCUCGUAUAUACACUACUCAAGUCCAUGACUGAAGUUUGAAGCUACGCCAAAUUUGAACAUAUUCAAUUAAGCUGCUGUGAUCUGAUUGGCUGAUAGUUUCCGACUGAUAUCUAUGCGAAUAAUGAUUGAAUUUCAAAAACAAUUGUUACCUACCUUCCAUGUUCAUUAGGGGUUGAUUGUAAUCAGCUGUCAUUCUACUUGCGACACACCCACUUCUGUGAACUCUAAAUGUCUUAUUUAAUGUCAUUGGAAUUUCUCAUCUAGUUAUACACCUUUAUCAGAUUAUAUUGCACAAUAUAUGAACACUUAUUGAUACAUUACACUGUACCUUUUAUCAGAUAUCAUUAGAAUCUCACACUAUUAAUGACAAAGCAUGUUGGGAUGAACAAAAUAUCUAAAACUUGGCCAGAUUGGUGUUUGAAACUCUCAUUAGAUCCUAUUUACAGCUGUUUAUUAAAUUGGUGCAGUUGUUUAACGAUUGAAUACCUAGGAGAAUGCAGAAAACCAGUGAUCGUUUUAUCACCAGGUAUGCAGUCUCGCCUACCAGCACAGCAGCCCUUCAGUUCUUGUUCCACUCCAUAACUCUUCAUAAGGCUGAGGUAUGUCGACGAUGUUCGAAUUGAUAUGCCUGUGCAUUGCAUUAUUAUCCUACAUCAAACCAUCAUGUAGUCCACUUUAGAGCUAUACGCUAGCUAUGUCUAUGUACUAUGUGAAGGAGCCGUUUAAGUUGAUACACAGUUUUUAUUUAUUAUCCUUUUUAAAUGGAAGACCACUUGUGAUUUGGAAAUGACAUUUUUUCGUUACCCUGUCUGAAUGUUUGGUGAAACAGUUAAAUUUGUUGUAUGAAAUAAAAUUGUGUUGCUUAAAUUUAC